UAACAUCACCAAACGUCAGCGUGUUCAACUGAAUUUAAACGGGUUUGUUUACAAACACAACACCUGUCACUUUGACAGUAUAAUUAUUUCCGCUUUCGUUGUUUUUUAUUUUUUUGUCUGUUGUAUCAAAAAAUAACCUCUAGCAUUAACUUAAUAAUCAUAUAAUUAACGCAUUAUUGUUUUAUGAAUAUAUUAAAAAUGCCGUUUUUUACAAAUAAAUUUUCACCAAAAAAAACUCCACUGAGAAAAGCACCGACGUCGUUGGCCAAUAGAGACUUGAGUCCUAAACGAAUUGAAAGAGAACUUGGUCCUGAAAUAGGGUCUAUUAAAAUUCGUCUUGGUGAUCAUGAAGCAGUAUUUGAUGGUGGUACUUGGAUUCCUGACUCAGGUAAAAUAGGCGGAACGUAUAAAGAAAAUGAAAAAUUAAAAAAAGAAAUAAUAAAAUUGGAGGAAGAGAAUAACUUUCUUAGAUUAAAAUUUGAAUUGAUGCUAGACAUGUUGACGGAAACUACUGCUCAAGUACAAUUAAAUAAAGAUCAAGUUGAAAACUUAAAAAUUAAAACGUCUUACAACAAACGGACAGCAACAUAAUAAUAAUAGUAAUAAUAAUAAUAAUAAUAAUCCCUGAAGAUCAUUGAU